AUGCGAAUGGUAGGUCACUAUUGGUUAAGGAACCCUAAGCUCGCUCCGAAAGCUUUCUUGAAGCUACAAAUCGAAAAUAUGUUAGAGCAAAUCUGCGAGUUCGCUGACCAAGUCAUCAGUGGCAAGAGGAGUGAGAGUUGGAACUUGGAACGGCGAAGCGUGGCUGCAGGCUGCGGAAGAGACAGAGACAGGGAGACUGGUACCGUGAGUGGGUGUGGCCGUGUGCGGUACUGCGGUCUGACGAUGUGUGGUGUGGGAGAGAGGAUGGGGUCAAGGGAGAGAGUGGUGCGCAGGCACGGCGCGACAGGGGUUCACUUCACUGUUUAG